AUGUCCCGUGUCUUCGCCUCCGGUCUUCUCCUUGCCUCGUCUCUCGGGCUGGCCGCAGCGCAGCUCUCGGUCUCGAGCGACUGCAGCUCGGCAUUGCUCAAUGUCGCCAGCAACCCCGAGGCCAGCGCGUGUUUGAGCCUGGGCUCCCUGACCAGCCUCGUCACCAGCCAGGACGAGUCGAUCGUCGGCCCGAUCUCAGACUGGCUGGGCAACAUUUGCGGCGCCGCUGCCUGCAGCAACGACACCAUUUCCGCGAUCACGACGAACGUCACGCAGGGGUGCUCGCAGGAGCUCGAGUCGUACGGGAUCUCCACCGGCGACGCCCAGGAUGCCAUCCCAAUCAUCCAGAGCUACUACCCAACCGUGCGCGAGGCGCUGUGCUUGUCGGACGGCGACACGAACUGCAUCGUCCAGACUUUGCAGAACUUCCAGACCACGUACGGCGACCUCACGCUGACGAACAUCCAAAAUGUCCUCGGGAGCGACGAUGUGACGUUGCCUUCGAACAUUACCUGCACGGACUGCACGAAGGCCCUCUACAAUACGGUCGCCUCGGACUUUGGCAUUGUCAAUAAGGACGACGCGGCAUCAGAGUGCGGCAAUGACUUCGUUGACGGACAGACGCCCUCCUCUAUCAAGCAGACCGCGUCCACGGACACCGCGUCGAGCUCACAGGGUGACAACGAUGGCGCGCUUUCGCUGACGGGCUCGAGUGGGCUCGCCAUGGCGUUUGUGGGGUCGGUGUUCGCGCUGUUGGGUUGA